UGGCUCUCCUGCUUGUCAGUCAGGCUAAAGGUUGGUUGUACAUCAGUGAUUGUUGAUGUACUGUCAAAAGUCAGCGAUCCUCCGAGUCUUAUCACCGAUAACAGUACAGGAAAAUGAUUUAAUGUAAAGAUCGUCAUGCAGUUCCUCGGCCGUUUUUUGGACACGGUGAGCACCGUGUCAAACCUUUUCUCCAAUCCCUACCGUGUGAGGGAUGUACAGUUGUCGGAGUACAAUGGGAAAGUUCUGUUGCAACAGGAGGGAAGGCUGGUCCUAUACAAGAACCAACAGGGCCAGUCAUGGGACUGCCUGCUACUCUGCCCCGAGUCAAAAUUUGUGGCACUAAGGAUGUUCCAGGUGUCUGCAGAGGAUAGUGCCAUGAAUUGGUUUCCUCAGUAUGCCCUCAAACUCCGCCCCUUUUACGAGAUGCUCCGCCCACCACUGAAACCUGAAAUGCUUCAGCCAAUCGUCGACUGUAUUCGCAAUCACCCAGACUGGAGCUCAGCCCACAUCGCCGUGGAUACCGGACUGCGAGACUGCUUAAAACACAAUUAUGUUUUGAGUCAAAUGAACUCACGUGACGCUCAGGGUCAAACCCCGCUACACCUGGCAUGUGAGAGGGGAGAUGUGGCCUGCGUACGCGAGUUGAUCGAGGAAUGCCAGGCUCGCACAGACGUCAAAGACAAAAACGGAGAGACGCCAAUGCACUGCGCCGCUAAACAAGACUCCUCUGUUGUUGUAGAGGUUUUGUGCUCUCAGCUCUGUGCCGGCGUUAAUGAACUGAAUGCUGCCGGAGAAACGCCGCUUCACAUUGCUUGCCGCCUCGGCAGGGUUGGGGCGGUCAAAGGCCUGCUAGGGGGCGGAGCCCGCUGUGACAUCAUUGGGAGUAAUGGCUAUCCAAUCCACAGUGCCAUGAAGUGUAGCGAGAAAAGCUGCGUCGAAGCAAUUUUAUCCAUUAGCCCGAAUCAAGUUCUGGCCGAGGAUCCUGUUUAUGGUGGGACGCCUCUACAUUGGGCCAAAACCGCUGAGAUGAGUCGUCUACUGCUAGAUCGAGGGUGUAAUGUUAACUACCUGAGCAAAACUGGAGAGAGUCCAUUACACAUCCUAACCAAGAGGGGGCGCUUUGAGGCUGCAAUGACAUUGCUGACCCAUGGAGCCGACCCCAAUAUUAAGGGCCAGGAUGGAAAUACAGCUCUUCACCUUGCUAUGAAGUUGGAUCACAUGGACCUGAUUAAAGCUCUCAUGGUGUUUGGAGCGGACGUCGAGGUUUACAAUGAUCUCGGAGAGACACCGGGACUCAUCGCGGCCCGCACCAGCAAGGGGCCCAACCGCAAGGUGCUCUUGAACAUGCUGUGUAGUGUAGGGGUUGAACGGUGUCACCCCCCCUCCCGCGACACCCCUCCCCCAAGAGUCAGCAAAGCUCCGCCUCCUGCUCUAGGGUUUGAUGACAUUGUGCAUGUGGCGGCAGCUGUUGCUGCCAUGAGCAGAGGAUAUACAGAGGUAGACGGGCCCGAAAGAGGAUGCAAGAAAAUGGAGAGAUUGCUGUGCCUUGAUGGUGGAGGAAUAAAGGGUCUGGUUCUGAUCCAGUUGUUGAUCGCUCUGGAGAAAGGGUCAGGUCGGCCCAUUAGGGAACUCUUUGACUGGGUUUCUGGAACCAGCACUGGGGGCAUUUUGGCCUUAGCUAUUGUACACGGUAAAUCGAUGGAGUAUCUGCGCUGUCUGUACUUCAGAAUGAAGGAAGAGGUGUUUAAAGGCCCCCGGCCGUAUGAGUCUGGCCCACUGGAAGAUUUUCUCAAGAAAGAGUUCGGGGAGAAUACCAAGAUGGCGGAUGUCACUCACCCCAAGGUGAUGGUGACUAGCGUACUUGCAGACAGGCAUCCAGGAGAACUGCAUCUGUUUAGAAAUUACGACCCACCGGUCCUGCAAAGAAGCCCUCCAUACACGUCUACGGCCACGUUUAAACCCCUAACUGUACCACAAGAACAAUUAGUUUGGCGUGCCGCCCGCUCCAGCGGGGCCGCUCCUACGUAUUUUCGGCCAAUGGGUCGCUUUCUGGAUGGAGGUCUGCUGGCCAAUAACCCGACGCUAGAUGCCAUGACGGAAAUACAUCAGUACAACAAAGCCCUAAAGGCACAGGGCCGUGAGAUGGAGGUUUGCAGGUUAGGUGUGGUGGUCUCAUUGGGUACCGGUAAACCACCACAGGUUGCUGUGACCUCGGUGGACGUUUUCAGGCCUUCGAACCCUCUGGAGCUCGCCAAGACCUUCUUUGGAGUCAAAGAACUGGGCAAGAUGCUUGUGGACUGUUGCACAGACUCAGAUGGCUGUGCGGUGGACCGUGCGAGCGCCUGGUGUGAGAUGGCCGAUAUAAACUAUCACAGGUUGAGUCCUCAGCUGUCUCAAGAGGUGAUGUUGGAUGAGGUCAGUGACUCUGUGUUGGUUGACAUGCUGUGGGAGACUCAGAUGUACCUGUAUGAGCACAGAGACGUUAUACAAACCAUCUGCCAGCAGCUGCUGCAGCUCUGACACAACACAAACUCUUACAGAUACCUACAAGCUUAAUAUGCAAAAAAGUUAUGCACUUGUUUACAUUGGUGUAUAUAACAUAUAAAGUUUUAUUUGUGUGAUACACAAGUUGGACUGAGGUCAAAACGACAUACAUGAAGUAUAUGACUAUAAAGUAUAUGAAGAAGAGUGUUGUGAAGUGCUUUACAUAUUUUUAUGGAUGCUAAUAUUCUCAGUAUUUCUGUGUGUGUCAUUUUCAAAAACAGGGCAAACUUGUAGCUUUCUCUAAAUAGUUUUUUAUGUAAAUGCAUUCAUUUAACUAUUUAACAAUCUAAGAUUAAUGGGGGGAUGUUUUUCAAUCUAUCAUGUAUUGGAUUUGUAUACUUGAAUUUGUGUAUUUCUCAGUCUAUGACAGAUAGAAGUCGUAAUUAAAGAUAAUACUGAAGUUUCUUUAAACAAUGAAGAAGAUCAAGCACUCAGUACCUCCUGCAUUCCUCAUUAGCAUUGUUUUGAAUUCAUUUUUGUUUUGUGUUUUUGUAACAUGCUUUUUGUUGACUACCAACAGUUUUUUCAUCAUGUGUAUUUUAUACUUGACACUGGAAGUAAAUCUGUUGUUUGAAGACCAAACUGACAUUUUACCAUAACUUGCUGCUGUAGUGUUGUGGGUUUGAAAUCUUUUAAUGAUAUGAAGUGAUUAUAAACCUGAAAUAUACAAAAUAAAAAUAUUGCACUGAUAA